AUGAACGCUGUUCCCCAGGCGAGCGUGGUGCCGGCGCUGAUCGGCUGGGUUUUCUUCCCGCUGAUCUCACACGCGUUGAUUAACUCUGACGAGGAAUCGUCUGAGGCCAGCUGGCAGUUCCCAGUGGCCCACUGGAUACCGGCGAAUAUGCAAGUUUCACCUGCAUACGAGAUACUGUACGUAGUCCAGUCUUUCUGUCUAAUAGUGGCGUCUCAGUCGACUAAUUCUAUAGACCUUUUCUUCAUUCACAUGAUGCUGAUGGUUGCAGCCGAGCUAGAAGUCUUGAGCGAGAAUGUUUCAGCUAUGAAAAAAGGUGAUGGGAAGUUAAUUAAAACAGAAAAUGGAGGAUGUGAACAAAUCACCAAAGAAGUGCUCUGCGACGGAGAUGGAAACUUUCGUAAGAAGGAAGACUUCUCAGCACAAGACGUAACAGAUGAUCAUAUGUAUGUACAGCUAGUGAAGAACGUACAGCAUCAUCAGGCAGUUCUUAAAGCUUUCACCCUGCUGCAGGAAACCAUGGACAAAUCAAUCUUCAUUCUUCUUUUCGUCAACAUGGCAGAUUUAUGUUCGUGUGUGUUUGCUACCGCUAUACUGUUGCAGAGAGGUGGAAAUGUUGCAAAAGCGCUGCAGCCACUUAUCACAAUUCCGCCAUGCUUAUAUGAGACUGUCAUGUACUGCUUUUUCGGAAACAUCGUAACUGACAAGAGCGAGGAUCUGGUGAACUCAGCCUACAGCUGUGGAUGGGCAGACUGCGAAACUCGCUUCAGACGGGGUCUUGUGUUCUUCGUGACGCAAGCCAUGCGCCCUCUGGAGAUCAAAGUGGGCAAGAUGUGCAAGCUGUCCAAACAAAUGCUGCUGCAGGUCUGUGCAACGUGCUGGACUCUCGUCUCUGUAUAA